GUUAGCACAUUAGCUCUAUCAAAUGAAUCCAUGUCAAUCUGCAUCAAUCCGUCAAUAUUCACAUUUUAGACAUAUGUGACGUGAAAGAACAAGUAUUACUGUGUCAUUAAACGAAAUAUUUGCCGGAAGCUGUGCAGAAUAGUGUAAUAAAGUGUUUUCUGCAUUGCAGGGUCGAGUCGCGCCUCAAACAAAAUGCCACGCAAAAUUGAAGAAAUCAAAGAUUUCCUGCUUACAGCAAGGAGGAAGGAUGCCAAGUCUGUCAAAAUCAAGAAGAACAAGGAUAAUGUGAAGUUCAAGGUCCGCUGCAGCAGAUACCUGUACACAUUGGUCAUCACAGACAAAGAGAAGGCUGAGAAGCUCAAGCAGUCCCUGCCACCAGGUCUGGCUGUGAAGGAGCUGAAGUAGAUGUCUCGUACAAAAUGUUGUAAUAAAAUUGGGAAAAUUGAA